AUGUCUCGACUGAGAACCGAGGAUGAUGAUCCUACGGAGGACACGCCUUUACUGCAGACGGAUGUCAAUGCCGGGGAUGGUCGUUACAAAGGGAAGGAGUCUACUCUGAUAACACCUCUUCCAAAAGCGCAGAUCAGUAUUCUGUUCGUUCUCCUACUCGUAGAACCCAUCUUUUCGCAAUGCAUAUAUCCCUUCAUCAACCAGCUUGUGAGGGAACUAGAUAUCACAGGUGGCGACGAAAAGAAGAUCGGGUAUUAUGCCGGAUUGAUUGAAUCCAUCUUCUACCUCACGGAAGUCGUAUUCGUGAUACAAUGGUCACGACUGUCUGACUACAUUGGCCGCAAACCGGUAUUGCUCAUCGGCACGGCGGGCGCAACCGUGUCGAUGGUUUGUUUCGGCCUCUCGAAGAAGUUCUGGCAGCUAGUCCUCAGCCGGUGUAUACUGGGUGCCCUGAAUGGUAAUGUUGGCGCAAUGCAAAGCGUAGUCGGAGAACUGACUGAUUCGACCAACAUGGCCCAGGUUUUUGCGCUGAUGCCUGUCGUGUGGUCUGUCGGUGCGACUACUGCACCACUGAUCGGAGGACAGCUGGCAAAGCCGCAUGACAGAUGGCCAAACGUCUUUUCGGUCCAUUUCUGGGUACAGUACCCAUACUUCCUUCCCUGCGCCGCCUCGGCUUCGUGUUCAGCGUUCGCGUUCCUGAUCGCUGCCCUCUUCAUGAAGGAGACUCUUAAACGCAAGAAAUCCGCUAGCUUCGCCCCAUCAUCCUCUGAAGACCCCGGCGAACAAGCCUUCGAGACCCCCAUCCCCUUGCUCACUCUCCUCAAACACCCGCGCGUGCUCCUGUCCGUCGCCAACUACGGCGCACUCGCUCUGCUGGACAUCGCGUACCGCGCCGUCCAGCCCCUCUUCUUUGCAACCCCGCGCUCACUAGGCGGGCUCGGCCUUCCACCCUCGACGAUCGGGCUGAUCCUGGGGAGCUUCGGCAUCUUCAACGGGAUUCUCCAGGCACUGUGGUUCGCCCCGCUCGUCAGGCGGUUCGGGCCGAAGCAUGUGUAUAUGGCGGGCAUGGGCGCGUUCAUCCCGCUGUGGCUGCUAUUUCCUGUGAUUGGGGCGCUCGCGCAACGAGGAGGGAUGACGCCUGCGGUGUGGGCGGCUGUGAUGCUGCAGCAGGUCGUCAGCGUCGUGAUGGACACGGCGUAUGGCUGUGUAUUCAUGUACAUCACGUCCUCCGCGCCGAACAAGAGCUCACUCGGGGGCACGAACGGUAUAGGACAGCUCGUCGCGGCGUUCGUGCGUGCUGUGGGGCCUGCCUCGGCUACCUCGCUGUUCGCGGUGUCGCUCCAGAGAAACUGGCUGGGCGGAGGUGCUGUUUGGCUCAUUCUGAUCGUCGUCUCGUGCGCGCUGUGGACCGUGUCGCUCCGCCUACCGAAGGAGACCUGGCCAAGAGAAAGCGAUCGACCGACUGACGGUGUCGCCUGUGAAAGCAAUAGUAGUCCCGAUAGCUGA